UCAAAGGUACAGUUUCUCUUCUCUAAGUAGGGUUUACUGGUAGGUGUUCUGUGGUAGCCUCUAGUAAGUACGCUGUAGCUGGGUCAGUUAUAGCAGUCUCAGUAGUCUUUUCUGCACCGUUUAAAUACCAGUUUGUAAAUAAAUCUGCAAAGAAAAGCCGUCGGUGAUCAUAAUGCGUAGCGACGAUGAUAGAUACGGCGACAAGCCUCGCUCAUCGAGCCACUCGAAAAAGUUCCGCAUGAACGAGGGAGACUGGCUCUGCGGCGAUUCGCAGUGUGGCAACGUCAACUUCGCACGCAGGACCAGCUGCAAUCGAUGUGGCAAAGAAAAAUUGGAGCUGGCAUCCAAGCGACAGCUGGGUCAUGAAAUUGGCAAGGCGGCGGCCGAGAAAAGCCGUGGUCUUUUCAGCGCCGACGACUGGCAGUGCGGUCGCUGUGGGAAUGUCAACUGGGCCCGUCGCCAGUCAUGCAACAUGUGCAACGCUCCCAAGUUUGGCGAGGUGGAGGAGCGGACUGGCCUCGGAGGCGGCUAUAACGAACGUGAAAGUGUCGAGUACGUGGAACGGGAGGAAUCAGACAGUGAAUACGAUGACUUUGGCCGCCGUAAGAAGCGGCCUCGAAGAGACGAUCAUUCAGCCAGCCCCAUUUCUCGGCGAGCAGAAAGGGCAAAUGAAGAAAAGAACAAUGAAGAUCGUGGCGACGACAAUGAUGGUGAUGGUGAUGAUGAUAAUGAGGAGGAGGAGGAUGAUGAUGAUGAUGGCGAUGAUGAUGGCGAUCUUUCCAAGUACGACCUGAGUGGCUGGGAUUCUCCUUCCAGCCCCGCAUCCAGUGGAAAGCCAGAAAAGGAACCGCCGCUGGAGGAAAAGAAGGCUGAAGGAGCGUCCAGGUCCAGGGACAGCCAAGACUGAGGAGGCAGGAAAUAAAAAACACUGCAGCUGACGA